GGGCAGGCCUCUUUCUCCGCUGCGCCCAGACACCGCCAAGGCGCUCUUGGUCCCGGCCUCCCUGCGUCGCCUUCGCUCCCGCCGCCCUCUUCAUCCCUUCCAGCCACGAUGCCGGCCUCCCCCGGCCGCCUCUGCAGCCUCCUCCUCCUCCUCGGCUUCUCGCUCGGCUCCUGCUCCUCGCUGCCCCCCUUCGACCUCCUCUACGCCGACGGCGGGCGGGCGUACUUCGCGCAAGACUGGCCGCGGGCCGCCGAGCUGCUGCAGCGCUCCUUGCACAGCUACGCGCGCCUCCAAGACGCGCGCCGCCAAUGCCAGCGCGGGUGCCAGGCCGAGGCCGGCUGGGCCGCCCGGCCGCCGCUCGGCCAGCCUUGGGAGACCGGCUUCUUCGACCGGGUGCUGCAGCGGGCCGAGUGCCUGGAGGAGUGCCUGGGGCGCCGCCUGGACGGGCAGCCCUCCCUGCACCGGGCCUCCGCCGAGAUCCAGCAGGACUUCGAGGAGAGGGAACCCUACAACUACCUCCAGGUGGCCUUCUUCAAGCUCAAGAGACUGGAUGAGGCUGUUUCUUCCGCUCACACAUUCUUCGUGGCCAACCCUCAGCACUUACAGAUGCGCGAGGAUAUGGAAAAAUACCAGCGCAUGGCGGGGGUGAAAGCAGAGAGCUUCCGGGAUCUUGAGGCCAUGCCGCAUUGGGUGGCCUAUGAAGCCGGGCUGCACCAUUACAGUGCGGAUGACUACCAGCAGGCGGUGGCGGAGCUGGAGGAGUCGCUCGGCGAAGGGCUGCUGGCGCUGCAGGACUGCCGAGCCCUCUGCGAGGGGCUGCAGGAGGAAGAAGAAGAGGAGGAGGAGACUCAGCUCGGCCUCUAUGAAGCCAUUGCAGCCCACUACAUCCAGGUGUUGAAGUGCCGGCAGAAAUGUGUCCUUGACAUCUCCACCAAGCCGGGGAGGGUUUCUUCCGUAGAGGACUUCAUCCCUUCUCAUUUUGACCUGUUGCAGUUUGCCUAUGACCAAGUCGGGAACCAGGCCCUCGCAGCCGAAUGUGCAGCGACCUACUUACUCUUCUACCCGUCGGACGAGAGGAUGCUGGAGAAGAUGAAGCAGUAUCGGACGGCACUGGGGGCAGAAGCUCCUGUUGUCCCCAGAGAGGUAAUUCGCAGUUACGUACAGAGGUCUCUCAUGGAGAAGAAACUGAUUUACUACGCUGUGGAGCACCUUGGGGAAACUUUCGAUGACCCUGAUCCGUGGACUCCGGAGGAGUUGAUCCCUGAGAGCAUGAAGGCAAAACACAGAGAAGACCAAGAGCGUCAGAGGCUGGAGGCCCCAGAUAUGGAACAGCAGCAGCCGCAGCGGCAAAGAGGCCCGCUGCCGUUUGAGGGUGUGACCAUCGCCAUGGAUUCCCAGCAGCUCAAUGGCUCUCAAAGGGUCGUCUUGGACAGAGUCCUGACAGAAUCAGAAUGCAAAGAUGUCCUCCGCCUGGCCAAGGCAGCCGGUGGAUCAGGAGACGGGUAUCGCGGCCGGCGUUCACCGCACACCCCACAUGAGAGAUUUGAAGGGCUGACGGUGCUCAAGGCCUUGCAGCUAGCCGAGGAGGGCACCGUGAACUGGAGGGAUGCUAAACUGCUCCUACAAGCCAGCGAGAAAUCCCGGGAAAUUGUGGAAUCCUAUUUCACCCCUGAGAAGAAACUCUACUUUUCGUUCACGCACCUGGUCUGUCGCACGGCUGCCGAGGGGGAGCAGGAGGGUCGCAUGGACCUCAGCCACCCAGUCCACGCGGACAACUGCCUUUUGGACCCGGAAGGGAACACCUGUUGGAAGGAGCCUCCCGCUUACAUCUACAGAGACUACAGUGCAAUUCUCUAUCUGAAUGACGACUUCCAAGGGGGAAACCUCUUCUUCACUGAGAUGGAUGCCGUGACCGUAACUGCCCAGGUACGGCCAAAAUGUGGGAGGCUGGUGGCCUUCAGCUCUGGUGGAGAGAACCCCCAUGGCGUGUGGGCUGUGACCCGUGGGAGACGCUGUGCCAUCGCCCUCUGGUACACCACCUCUCCGGAGCAUUCGGAACAGGAAAGGGCCCAGGCGGAAGAGCUGGUGAAACAGAAGGAGGCAGAACAGGAAGAGUCACAUUUGGACGACAAGGAGAAUGCCGAAGCUGGCCGCAGCACCGGAGACUCGCCUGAGCCUCCCGCUCCCAAGGGAAGGGCCAGAUCCGCUGGCCGGAGGAGCAAGCAGCACUCAGAGUCCGGGGUACAGUCCAAGGGGCAGCAGACCAGAGAUGAACUCUGAGCCGAGCAAAGAUGCAACUCCUGUGACUUUUUAUCUCUAGACUGGCCCUUGUGCAACGGGCUAAGGACGUCUACCUGACUCCGCUGUGACAUCACAGCAAGGAAGACGACCUCAGAAGGUGAUGCUUGAGCCACACCCACCAUCUUCACCUGGAAGUCCUUUUGCCCCAGCCCAGGGGGCUGAAGUAUUGAACCCGUGUAUCAGAGGGGCCCAGAGAGGCUUAGCCAUGAGCCGCGAGUCCUCAGUUUCAAUUUGCCACGAAGUCCUUGGGUGGCCUUAAGCAAGACAUGCUUGCCUGCUGUCUUUCUCUCCCCCUGUCCCGCUCAUCCCCUCACCUGCCAAUGUGAGAAUAAUAAUACUGAUCAGCAGUGUUCCCUCUAAGCUGAAUUAGUGCGAGCUCGCUCACAGUUUUUUAGUCUCCGGCU